CUUAGCUAGUGCAUUAGAACAGCAGGAGUAUGAAACAUCUUGGACUUAAACCCUGACUUUCAUCUUAUUACAAAGGUAACUAACUUACUGUUCAUGUGAAAAUUUUUGAAAACAAACUCCCAGGAAAGUGGAUUUAUGUUCUUGCAGCACCUCUCAUUUCAAAUACAUCAUGGAGUUUAGAAGCCUCAACAAAAAUAGGAUGUCUUCUUGUCCCUUAAACUUUGUUGUGGUUUUCUUAGAUUGGAAAGAAAUUGCAAGAGAUUAGUAGAAACUUACUUCAGUGACAUGUUUUUCUUUCAAAAUCUUAUUUUAGUCCUCUUAACUUUCUUUUUGAAGAUUGGAUUUGGCUGUAGAGUGGUAUUAUGAACUACAGCAGCUGUAUAAUUUUCCAUCUUUAGAAAUCAGGAAUAAACAGAAAAGCUAGUACUGAUGGAAAAGAAAACAAAAGUAUUGAGUAGAUUAUUGAUAGCAUGCCUUCAUGUUAGAGAUUAAUUUCCCUUUCAGUUCUCUGCUGAUUCAUGUUUCAUAUACAUUUAAAUUUAAAACAUAACAUUGAAUCCUCCCUCUCCUUUCUUCCCCCAGUUAUUCACAGCACAAGCCACAUAAGUAAAUGUUGCAAUGGAAAACCAAACCAUGGUCAGGAAUUUCAUCCUUGUGCGUUUCACAGCUGGCAGGAAGUUACAGAUCUUUAUCUUUGUGGUUCUCCUCGUGAUCUAUGUCUCAAUUAUAAUUGGAAACUUAGUGAUUGUCACCAUCAGCAUCGUGGACCAUGGGCUCCAUGUGCCCAUGUAUUACUUUAUUUGGAACUUUUCACUGUUGGAAAUUGCUUUCACUUCCUCUGUCAUUCCUAAGGUCUUGUUCAACCUAGCAUCAGGAGAAAAGACAAUUUCUGUGAUUGGUUGCUUUGUUCAAUUUUUUUUAUAUUUCAUCUUUGGCAUGACAGAGUUUCUUCUCUUAGCAGCAAUGUCAUUUGACAGGUACGUAGCCAUCUGCUACCCCUUGUGUUACUCUACCAUAAUGAGCAAUAGGCUUUGUAGCUUAUUAGUGCUUGGUUCAUGGGGGCUGAGUUUUGCACUUCUAAUUGGUCCAUCAAUUGUUGUCUUCAAGUUACCCUUUUGUAACCAAAACAUUAACCGUUUCUUCUGUGACAGUGCGCCUUUGGUAAAACUUUCCUGCACAGAAACACCUGUUCUGGAUCUUGUUAACUUCUCAAUAGCUUUUUUUUCUCUUCUGGGCACUCUCAUUAUCACAGUCCUAUCUUACGCCAAUAUAAUUUUCACUAUAUUGCACAUUUCAUCUGCUUCAGGGAGGCGGAAAGCCUUUUCUACUUGUGCAUCUCACCUUAUUGUUGUCUUCAUCUCUUAUGGGAGUUGCAUUUUCAUGUAUGUUAAACCUAUACACAUGGGUGAGCUUGACAUCAUCAAGGGGGUAGCUAUUCUCAAUACAGUGGUAUCUCCUCUGCUCAACCCAUUCAUCUUCAGUCUGAGGAACAGGCAGGUUCAAAAAGCCUUGCAAAAAUAUUUCUCCAUGUGCAGUUCUUACAGAACAAUUCUGAGUCUGAUGAAAAGUGAAAGGUAAAGAAAAUUUGCAGGGAACCACCUUAAAGGCUGAAGACAUAUAAAUAUUCCAAGUAUGCAUUUGUGCAGUGAAUGUCAGAAACUUUGUUAUUAUCUCUGCUCUGCUGUCCCUACAUGACAAAAACUGGUGGAAGAUGAGUCUCCAAUACACUUUAGCAAUGUAGCAGCUGAUUCUGAAAUGAGAACCAGGCAUCCAAUAUAUACCAUACUGGAAAUACAAGAGUGAUUUAAGAGGACAAGAAUAAGAGGAGAAAGAGCAUACUGGUGUAUGAAGAUGGACUGCAGCAAAUUGAACUUGCCACAGGAAUGUGCACUGGGUGAGGUUACAGAAGAAGGAAGUUUUUAUUUGAUCUAGAGAGUGGUCAGUGCUGUGAAUUUGUGAACUUCAGUUUACAAGGUCUGCUUAUUUCUGUUUCUGUGUUUAUUCUAUUCUGUGUAGCAGAAUUUUUCUUUCAGUUUAGGAGAAACAGAACCAGUGUUGUUUUGUCUGGGACCCUGGUGGGUGGUGGGAUAGUUUAAGGCAUAUAUAUUUGCUUACUGCCUGUGUCUAGUGAAAGAAGAAUGAAAAAAAAAAAAAAAACUUGAAGCUGUUUUGGUGACAGAUGCAGGCCAGGAUUUUAGCAAACACUUGAAAACAUGAGCUCAGUCAUUAGCUAGCGUCUCCAUGGACACACUUUUAGAUCAUAAAGUGCAAAUCAGUCUAAAAACGUGUCUUAGGUGUGCAAACUGAGCAUUAAAAUGCUUUUGUUACUCUCUAUAAUGAGCAGUUCACAUCUUCACAUCAGUACGGUUAAGACAACCACAAAAACAGACAUUCCCUUUUCCCUUUUAACUGUUACUAAUUGAAGCUUGUGUGUGGUCGGAAAUAUUUAUUUAUGUAUUUACUCAUCCAAUUAUUUCUUUAUUUAUUUAUUCACUAUAGAGAAACUAGAAAUAGUAGUAGAUUUACAAAGUGUGUCUGUGUUCUAGACUUCAGCACAAUACCUGCAAUGGGAUUUCAUUUGACUAAUUACUACUUUAAAUAGAGUAUUUUCAGAGCUCUGUAAAAUAUAUCAGGGUAUGUGCUCCUGAACCUGCAGCAUCAGGUGAAAUCAAAGAUGAUCUUUGGAGGAUCUUAGCUGACAGCAUUAGUGAAGGCAAUAAAAGGGAUUUUCAGUAAGACUAGACUUGCUUAAUGGAGACGUUAUAAUGUAGAUUUAAAAACUCACCAGUCAUCCCAUUUUUACUGCUCUAGCAGGGACUCAGUCUCACUGAGGGAGGUAUGGAGGUUUUGCGGUUGUUGUAAAAUGUGCAAGUAGGGUGGCCAGGCAGGAUGGUGUUACAAUAGUAGGUAAGGGAGGAGGUAAAUCAGGCCAUCCCUGUACAAAGUAAUAGGUUCAGAAGGGAAGUCCUGUUUUAUUGAACACAGCUGCUCUUUUGUGUAAUUUUGUCAGAUAGAUCAAGCACAAUCUUCAACCUGUUUGUACACGCAUGUAAUUCUUUGAUGUUUAUGCACAUAUACUUUGUUGCAACCCAAGGCAACUGAUGCAUACACAAGCUGAUCUCUGAUUCAAAGUUACAAUAUAGUGAAUAGCUUGCAAGUAAACACUAACAUUGUUAUAGUUGAAUUGAGACAAAUAGAGUCCAAAGUAAAUUCAAUCUGUAUUUAUUAAGGUAGGAAAGCAAAAGCAGCGCUGGGCGGCCGGAGAGUCGCAGCUCCACCAAAGGCUCGCCAGGUAGAAAAGCAAAAGCAGCGCUGGGCGGCCGGGGAGCCGCGGCUCCGCCAAGGGCUCGCAAAUUCAAACAAGCUAAGCAG